GCCCACCGCCCGCGCGCCCGCCGAGCACCGGGCCGGCGCGCUCGGUUUCUCCGCAGAAGCCGGCCGUGCACCUAGGAAUUAACCGGUGGCGCGGGAGGGAGCGGAGCGGGCGGGGGGGAUGCUGAGCGCGCGCGAGAACAAUAAUAAGAUCGUGUUUGCGGUCGCUGCCCGAGGAAGAAUUCGGAGGCGGCGCGAGGCCCGGCGCUCGCGCGGCGCCCGGGAACCGGGAGGCAGGCCGGCGGCGGCAUGAGGCUAGCGGCGCGGCGCCUGUGAGCAGCGCGCGGCGGCGGCGGGCGAGCACCAAGCGGCCGGGGCUCCCCUCCCCCGCUGCCGGGCGGUGAUUUGCGGGCCCGCUGAGCCCCCCGCCCACUCGCCUCGGCCGCCGCCUCGCGCUUCCCCUCGUCGGCGCGGCCGCCCGCCCGGCUCGAGGCCCGCGGGAGCGCGGCGCAGCCCUCGGCCCGCGGGGGCGGCCUCCUGGCAUCUUCGCGGCGACCAAGGACGACCCGGGAGGGGAGCCUCCGGGAUGGCGCGUCCGCGGCCUCGCGAGUACAAAGCAGGCGACCUAGUCUUUGCCAAGAUGAAGGGCUACCCGCACUGGCCGGCGCGGAUUGAUGAACUCCCAGAGGGAGCUGUGAAGCCUCCAGCAAACAAGUAUCCUAUCUUCUUUUUUGGCACUCAUGAAACUGCUUUUCUAGGUCCCAAAGACCUUUUUCCAUAUAAGGAAUACAAAGACAAGUUUGGGAAGUCAAACAAACGGAAAGGAUUUAAUGAAGGAUUAUGGGAAAUAGAAAAUAACCCAGGAGUCAAGUUUACUGGAUACCAGGCAAUUCAGCAACAGAGCUCUUCAGAAACUGAGGGAGAAGGAGGAAACACUGCAGAUGCAAGUAGUGAGGAAGAAGGUGAUAGAGUAGAAGAAGAUGGAAAAGGCAAAAGAAAAAAUGAAAAAGGAGGCUCAAAACGGAAAAAGUCAUACACAUCAAAGAAAUCCUCUAAACAAUCCCGGAAAUCUCCAGGAGAUGAAGAUGAUAAAGACUGCAAAGAAGAAGAAAACAAAAGCAGCUCUGAGGGUGGAGAUGCCGGCAAUGACACAAGAAACACAACUUCAGACUUGCAGAAAACCAGUGAAGGGACCUAACUACCGUAAUGAAUGCUGCAUAUUAAGAGAAACCACAAGAAGGUUAAAUGUUUGGUUGUCUAAUAUUCUUGGAUUUGAUAUGAACCAACACAUAGUCCUUGUUGUCAUUGACAGAACCCCAGUUUGUAUGUACAUUAUUCACAUUCCUCUCUGUUUUGUUGGGAAAAGAGACAUUUUAACCUUUUUUAAAAGGUUAUUGAUUUAAUUUCAUGUUAUUUGGUUGCAUGAAGUUGCCCUUAACCACUAAGAAUUAUCAAGAUUUUUGCACAGACUUUUACAUGUCUAGGAUACUUCUACCAAGGCAGUUAUGUUCAUCAUUUUCCUGCCUUUACCCGCCCCACCACCAAACAUUUGCUUACAUAUUAAUUAGCAUUAUUUUAGAUGACCAUUCCAUAAUGCUUAAGGAUGGAAUUUCCUCUUUUUGACAGAACCCAGGAAGUACAUUCCUAGAUAUAUAAUGUUGGUAUAUCAAAGAUGAAAUUAAAAUUGUCCUUCAGUUUUGAGGCCCUGUGUAAAGUUUUAACCACAUUGUACAAUAUCUAUUCUGUAUUAGAAAUAGCUAGUUGACAGCUUAUACUUCUCAAAACUCAUGUUGUUAUGUAUACAAAUUGAGUUUCUAUAUGUGAAGUUAGUGAGUCUUUUUGUGUUACUCCAAAAUAAAGGCAAUGAUUUAUUUUUUCCCAAUGCCAGUACAAUUUGAGCUAAUCACUCAAGGUGGAUACUUUUACAUUUUAAGGCUGGAAUCACCAGCAGCCCUGUGGAAAACCAGACAAAGCAUUGACUUUUAAAUAGAGACUUUUAAAUUGAACUGUUUUCUUUUGGAACUAGAAUUAGAAUAGUUAAUAUUCACCCAUAAACCAUUAUUAUGUGUACAUUAUUGUUGCUAUUGUGAUAAUAGAGAAUUUUAUUUAUUUUUAUGCCAGCUUAUAUUGUGAAAACACAUUUAGUCAAUUUGAGUUUUAUCAAUCCUGUUAUGCUUGUCCUUGGAACAUCUUUGCGUAUUCGAGGUUUGUAGUUGAAGAGUUUACUGUAAAAAAAGAAAAAAUCAAAAACAAAAAAAAAUGUAUUGUUUUUACAGAAUAAAUUUAUUGGAAUGUG